CCACCACGGAGGCAGGCGAAGCGCGCCUUCCCUCCGCUCUGGCCCCGCUGCAGUCGGGCUUGGCGAGGCGGGAGUGCGGCCGCGCCGCCGGGGGAGCCGACGCCACUAGAGGGCAGGGGCGGCACCCGCACGUCGGGCAGGCAGCGCCUUUCCGCUUUUGACUCACCCCUUCGGCUUGGGCUCUCCUCUAUUUCUCGCACACCCACCUACGCACGCAGGCAAAACCCCGAGCCGAGGACAGCGACGAAGCCCUGGCCGGAUAAGCAGCGGCGGCAGAGUUUGCCCCACAAAGCAGUAAUCUGAGGGAAUAACUGACAGCUUGUGCAAGAUGUUUGAAUGAACACGGCGAAAUAGAAGCAGCCUCCCAUCCGCAACACAAAUAGCAAUCAAGUCUGGAAGAAGAAGGGGGGGUGGACACCAUGUGUGGAACUGUUGAUGAGUAGCACAUGGCUUGGGAGCGGAGGAGGAGGAGGGUGCUUCUCUUCCAAUUUAUGCUGAGAUCUGGAGGACUUAAUGCUUAUAAGAAGAGAUGCGAGCGCAGAGCGCGAGUCUGCUGAUGUGGCCAAACAAGGCAGACCCAGCAGCUACUUGACCGGAGGUGGCUACUUGGAGCAGCGCAGACCUGCCCUGCCUAUCGCGAGGGGGAGAGGCACCACCGUGGCCCAGCCAGAAUUAAGAUGCCAGCGAAAGGCAAAUACUUCUUCAACGAGAAUGAAGGCUGCAAGAUAACAGACCCUUUGUACGAGAAGUACCGCUACUCAAGCCAACAGCAUCCCCUCCUCUUCUUCCUGCUCUUCAUCGUCAUUGCCUAUUGUGCGACCCUCAUCGUCGUUCUCCUCACCCAGCAUCCACCGGGAGAUCAUCUUGCCUACCUUAUUACAGUCGGCACAGCACUCAUAAUUUUCAUAGUCAUGUAUUUUCUGGUUUACUUCGAAUACUUCUUUUGGUGUCGGCUGAAAUUGUUUGCUGUUGUGAUUUGGAUCUGCUUGCUGGCCAUAGGAUAUGUCUCCGUUUUUGCCGCAGGGAAGACUCCUCAACUUGCUGCAUGGGAACAGGUGCCAUUCUUUCUGUUCAUCAUCUUCACGGCUUAUACCAUGUUUCCCUUGGGAAUGAGAGAUGCUGUGAUUGUCAGCAGCGUUUCAGCGCUCUCCCAUAUUGUAGUCCUGAGCAUCGCUGUAGCGCAAAACAAGCAGGACCACCCGACUCUUCCACGGCAGGUGCUUGCCAAUGCUUUCAUUUUUCUCUGUGGUAACCUGAUGGGUGCGUUCCACAAGCAUCAGAUGCAGGAUGCCUCGUGGGAUCUGUACAGAUAUACUUUAAAGUGCAUCCAAGUCCAAAUGAAGCUGAAGAUUGAAAAGAGGCAGCAAGAAAGCUUGCUUUUAUCGAUACUGCCGGCUCAUAUAUCUAUGGGAAUGAAAUUAGCCAUCAUAGAACGCCUGAAGGAAACCAAUGACAGGAAGAAGCACGACAACAACUUCCACAGCCUGUAUGUGAAACGGCACCAGAAUGUUAGCAUCUUGUAUGCAGACAUUGUAGGAUUCACUCGUCUGGCAAGUGACUGCUCUCCCAAAGAGCUCGUGGUGAUGUUGAAUGAACUCUUUGGCAAAUUCGAUCAAAUAGCAAAGGAAAAUGAAUGCAUGAGGAUAAAAAUUCUGGGAGACUGUUAUUACUGUGUCUCGGGAUUACCUGUUUCCUUGCCAGUACAUGCCAAGAACUGUGUGAAAAUGGGCCUCGACAUGUGCGAAGCUAUAAAACAAGUGAGAGAAGCCACAGGAGUGGACAUCAAUAUGCGAGUCGGCAUUCACUCUGGGAACGUGCUCUGCGGUGUAAUAGGGCUUCGGAAAUGGCAGUACGACGUUUGGUCUCAUGAUGUCUCCUUAGCUAACCGAAUGGAAUCUGCGGGAGUUCCUGGCCGUGUACACAUCACAGAAGCAACCCUCAGUCACCUAGGCAAAGCUUAUGAAGUGGAAGAUGGGAAUGGACACCUCAGAGACCCUUACCUUGAAGCCAUGAAUAUCAAAACUUACUUGGUGAUAGACCCAAGGUCUAAGCAGCGUGCUUCCAACAACCACCUCCCACAAACCACCAGAGUGCACGAUGGCUUGAAGAUGAGGGCCUCUGUCCGGAUGUCGAGGUUCUUGGAGACCUGGGGGGCCGCCCGGCCUUUUGCUCACCUAAACCACAGAGAGAGUGUGAGCAGCGAGACAACUGCACCAAACAGAAGGCAUAGGAGGGAGAUAGCACUGCAGUUGGUGAGCCGUCAGAGGACUACAGAGAGUCUGGAUAGGUCUAGACAAGAACCACUGUGUCCUCCUUCAGUUGUAAGCUAUAAGAAUACCUCUCAGAAAGGAAGGAUGGAAGAAGAAAUUAACGACAAAAUGAUGUCAACCAUCGAGGGCCUCAGUUCAGCCAAGCCGUGGUGUGGUAAAAAAGACGACUUCCGUGGGCUGUGUGGGUUCUUGCUGUGUUUUGUAGAAAUGGAGCUUGAGAAAGAGUAUCGCACAAUCCCGAUCCCCAAGCUGAGGGGCUAUUUUGCCUGCGCCAGCAUUGUGUUGCUGUGUAUGUUCCUUGUACAGAUCUCCAUAAUGCAAGGAACGUCAAAAUUAGGGAUUCCAUUUGGGGUCGUAGCUAUCAUAAUGGGGCUAAUUUUGUGUGUGUGCUUCGCUGAUGACUGUUGGAGACCCUGUUCAAAGCAGUGGCCCCCAGCCCGCUAUCUCCGCACGCUUUCAGAGAAAAUGGAGACGAUGCCAGCCGUGAGGCUCCCACUGGCCACUAUUGCAAUCGGCUCUCUGUUAAUCCUAGCUGUUUCUAACUUGCACACAGACCAGACUAUUGGAAACUGUACUACACCAAACCUGCAGCAGGUUGGCAACAGUUCUUCUGAAAACAGCGACAUGCUGAGAAUUGAAGCUGAGACCUACUCAUAUUAUACCUACUGCUGCCUUCUGGGUUUCAUCGCCUGCUCUGUGUUCCUUCGAAUGAGCUUUGAACUGAAGCUUAUCCUUUUGUCAGGAGCCGUUGUUGGGUAUUUCAUUGUAUUUAAUAGCAACCUGCUUUUGUGCUCCAGCCGCAGCAACGUCAGUGACUCCACCACAAGGUUUUUUAUGAAAGAACCAAGAAUAAUGACAAAUUUAUACCUGGCUCUGUUUUACAUAACUUUGGUUCUACUGUCAAAACAGAUAGACUAUUACUGUCGUCUGGACUGCCUACAAAAGAAUAAAUUUAAACAGGAACACGAGUCGUUUGAAACCAUGGAAAACGUAAACCGGCUGCUGCUGGAGAAUGUGCUCCCAGCUCACGUUGCUGCCCAUUUUAUCGGAGACAAAUUAAACGAGGAUUGGUACCAUCAAUCCUAUGACUGUGUCUGUGUCAUGUUUGCCUCAGUACCCGACUUCAAGGUGUUCUACACAGAAUGUGAUGUCAACAAGGAAGGGCUGGAGUGCCUUCGACUCCUCAAUGAAAUAAUUGCCGAUUUUGAUGAGCUGUUGCUGAAACCUAAAUUCAGUGGUGUUGAAAAAAUCAAAACUAUUGGAAGUACAUACAUGGCAGCAUCAGGACUCUGUGUUACCCCAGGCCAAGAGAAUAAUCUGGACCAGGAAAGACAGCAUGCUCAAAUUGGCAUCAUGGUGGAAUUUGCAAUGGCUUUGAUGACUAAGCUGGAUGGCAUCAACAGGCACUCAUUCAACAAUUUCCGUCUCAGAGUUGGAAUAAACCAUGGCCCUGUAGUAGCUGGUGUGAUUGGUGCUCGCAAACCGCAGUAUGACAUCUGGGGAAACACAGUCAACGUUGCCAGUAGAAUGGAGAGUACAGGAGAACUUGGGAAAAUCCAGGUUACAGAAGAGACUUGCAAAAUACUGGAGAACCUGGGGUAUGCCUGCGAAUGCCGAGGACUUAUUAACGUCAAGGGGAAAGGAGAACUGGUGACUUACUUUGUGUGCACGGAUACAGCCAAAUCCCAAGCGCUUUGAUUCGAGCAAGAAACUGCUGAGAAGUUCGGUCAAAAUUUGUGUCUUGAUGGGCUUGGUUGUUUUUAAAACAACUUCCCUUCCGGAAAGCCUGGAAACUCUGCCUCCUUAUAGAAAGGAGCUUAUGACAAAAACGAGUGCGGACUAGAAGUGUUAGUACUUGUAUCUCAAGAGAAAGGAUUGUGGAAAAGCUCUUUACAGCUGUGCCUGUCAAAAGAGUUUGCAGGUGUCCAUGUGGCAGAUUAUUCUCUCCUUUCCCUGCCAUGCAGCCACAGGACAGAGCUCCACUUCUGCACCUUUUUCAUGGAUUCACAGUUGAACGAAUUGCCUCGUUAAAACAUUCCACUGCCUCAUCCUUUCAGACCUGGUUUUAACAGUAUUGCACUUGUCCAUGGACACAGCACCGCCUUGAGUUUGCAGCAGUCUUAUUACAUAAGACAAUGGGACCGAAGACUCCUCUGCCUGAGAACUUUUUAACUGGAGAUGUCAGGGGUUGACUCUGGGAUCAACUGUACACAAAGCUUGUGCUCUUAUCAUUUGGUUGUGCUUCCCCCACCCUCCCACCUGACUUUGAGCUGCAGCUCUGCUCUAGAACUGGAUUUCAGUACCAGGAACUGUUGCACUGCCAGUAUUCUUCUCUACAACCACAACCCGGUCCUUAUAAACAUUUCUGUGGUGGUAAUCCUGUUCUGCUGCUAAACCAUACCCGGAUAUAUCAUACACAUCUGUUUUGCUUAUGCCUGUGCUAUUCUUUACUGGAGCAGAAGACAAGUGAUGUGAGGAACUUGCUUAUUUUUUGCUCACAUGGCUUAUUUUUUUCUGGAUUCUGUUACCUGGGUCUGGAAACAUUCUUGGCCUUAGUUCUUGAAUGUGCUUUCCACUCUGGGUGGAAAUGUGUGGGUGGCUUCUCCUCGUACACCUUUUGCUUGUGUUGUAAUGUUUUUUGCACUUCACCAGGUGCUUUUUGUUUCAGCAGCUAUUAGUGCCCCACAGCAACAUGCCUAACAUCAGCAGUGUGAGUGUGCGUGUAAAAAUCCAGAUUCUUGCACUUGGUAACCCUGCUCCUAUAAUUGUGAGUAGCUUCAAAUAGUUUUCACUGCUGGCAUGCCAGUGCUGUAUGGCAGGCAGAAUUGGGUGAUAACACACUCUUAGAAUAUGGCACAGAGAAACUUCAAGUGUCUUCCUUAAUUCGUCUGAUAAAAAGAAGUAUAGUUUCUGGGGAUACAGAUCUCUUUUGUGGGCGUAACAAACCAUAGGGCAGCACAUUGGCAGCUACAGUGCAAAUUUUGUACAGUUAGUGAACCCCUCCCUCCCUCCCAAACUAUUGUAUUGCUAGAUUUCAUCAUUGGCAAGAGGCUGCCACCUGUUUCCACAUUUUUAUGAUAAAAAUGAACAGAGGGGGCACAACCAAAUACAAUGUCCACCCUGAGCCAGACUUGAACUUCGUAUGUCUACCACCUUUUGCUAUGCCAUGGGUUUUUGCUCCAGUCCCAUUAGACAAUUUGAGAGGGGGGGACCUAUUUGUUAAUUAUUAUUCUUUCUCCUGUUGUCGGUAGAGUAUUCAUUUCUUUCUAGCUUCAGUGAUAUUUAGCACAAACUAAGUCAGCAUAAGGCAACUCCAAAAUUGACCACCUGAAUACCAACCAAUAUAACUAACUAGGUGAAGGAGAAAUACUAUGGGUUUCAGAACUCAUUUUGGAAACACCUCACAGCAGUGUGUUGUUACCAGCCACCAUGCAAGAUCUGUGUGAGGCAUGCUAAUUGGGAGUAGGGAAAGCACAGAAAGCUGGCUUCUGAACAAAAUCAUUUUUCAGGUAGAACUCAUUUAGUCUGCUUAAAUGAUAUGGGAUUGGAUCCAAAGAUGCAGAAGGUACAGGUUUCAGUAGAGCCUUGUACAAGAAGAAACUAAAUUGCAAAAGAUGGAGAUCUGCUUUUCCAGCUUGUUGCAGGAGCUUAAGAAUGGCUCUAGAAUCUACCUGUUUUAUUAAUGGGUAAACUCCUGAGUUGUUUGCAAAUCAGGGCCAUCAGCUUAUGCUCAAUAUUUUUUGGGAUCCAUUCCACUGUACCUGCCAUUAGGUGUAUUCCCAGGGGCUAGCCUUGAAACUUUUUUAUCUUAUGAAAAUUACUUCUGUCUGACAGGCUUUUCACAGGAGAACCAGAAACAAACCACUAAGUCUUACAGGCAAGAGGAAAAGGUGUAAAUUGUUUACAAUGUGAAAAGAAGAGUUGUUUUAUGUGCCCCAUGGGGGGGGAAAUGCUUAGCAGCGCAGUGCUAUGCAUGUGUACUCAGAAGUAAGUCAUACUGGGGCAGUGGGUUUACUCUCAGGUAAGUGCACAUCUUGCAGUCUGACUUUAUGUGGAGCACAACUGAACUGUGUUGACUAGUACCUGGGCAUAUCCUAGGAAAGCAAAAUGAAUGGCUUUGCAUUGAAGUGUUCUAUAAAUUUAAAUGUGAAUACCAUGAAACAUUUUGAAAUUGUAUGUUUUUCCCUGUGAUUGAGAUUCUGUAGAAUGCCUUUGGCUCUGCUCCAAUUUGCAAGUCACUCUCUGGAGUAGCUUAACUGAAAUCCAGUUGAAGUUUAUGGAAAUCAUUCCAAGACUUGAGGACUGUGACUCUAGUAUUUUUUAAAAAGUUUUCAGAGUAGAAUGUGACUAACUGUGCAAAGAUUUCUGGCAUUCUUUGCCCUGGAUGCAGCCCUGUUGUGUUCAUUAUAAUUACUGUGUAAUUAACUUAUGUGGAGGUUGAAGUGCCUAUGUUUCAUGACAGGAACAAAACUCUUCUAGUCAAGUCCUACUGUGGCUUUUAGGACUUUUGGAAAGUCUUAGCUGUCUAGAGUAGGUCACACUGGAAAGUAGCAAGAUAGGGUAGUCCUAGGUAGGAUAAAAAGGAAACUUACACGAUUGUAUUUUGUUAUAGCAGCAAGUUAAUGUGAAAUAUAACACUGCUUUCAGUUCUUACUUUAGUGUGCAUUUGUUAGAAUGCUUUAGUUCAAAGGAUCCACCUUUAAUCUUUGCAACUAUUUGUCAUCAUUUGGCAUCAGUUAUCAAACGUCAUAUGCCAACAGCAGAAACUCAAGUGUGAAAUGCAAGUAUUAAUGUUUAAUUGUUUCUGUUCACAUUCUACUGCAAGUCAAGGUAACUUGUCUACCUUCUGUUUUAAUUCUAAAUUUCCCAGAUUAAAAAUUUAGGAUGCGUUUGUUGCCUCAUUGCUCUUCUUUUGUAUCGUUUCAAAUUCUUUAAGAAAUGCGUUUCAUAAAAGUAAAUCUUUCA